AUGCCAACUGUAGCACUAGAAGAAAUCGAUCGCUCAAGUAAAAAACUUCUUAUCCUAACACUCAUAUCUGGAACCUUAGCAUUGCUAUUCGUCUGUGUUGGUAUUGGCACACCGAAAUGGGAAUCAUCUUACGUUAAUACAAGUGAUGGAUCAUACGCACUAUCAAACACCGCGAAUUUCUUCUAUACUUGUAGUUUCACUAAAGGUGUAUUCAAUAAUUGCACAAGUCGAACAGAGUAUCUCAAAGGUUAUCCGAGAUAUUCAAUCUCAUUUCCAUGGGCACGUGAUUAUAACUCACAUUUACAAAGCGCAGCUGGCUUAUGUACCGUGGCAAUCCUGAUACUUGCAUUGUCGUUAGUGGUGACAUUGGUGAUCCUGGUUCAUUCGUUGUUUGCAUGGACUAACCUCGCUUCGCCACUCUUGUUCUUUAUUACUUGUUUAUUGAUGACUGCUGGCUUGGCGGAAGGUUCGCGUUGCUUGCUGUUCAAUGAUUAUUCAGCAAAUUUGUAUCAAACCGGUUAUUUACUGAGUAUUUUCAGUUUAUUCAUCAGCGCUUUCGUUACUGGUCGUAUUCACUUUUUCCGUAAACAAGAGGAAGAAAAUCUAAUGAAAACGAAAUUGAUUCGUAAAUAG